GGGAGGUUCAGCCUGGAGCACCCGGCAGCCGAGGCGGCGGGGGACCCUGGACUCCUCGCCACGCCGAGCCAGACCCAGGUUUACCUUGGGCCUGAAGCCAGAAAGCCCCCACCCCAAGGAGCUGAGGGGCCUCCUCCUCCCAUGUGAACAAGAGGGGACUUUGGAGGAAGCCAUCUCAGCAGCUCAUCAGGAUCCUACAGAAGAAGGGGCUCAAAGCAACUGGCACACCGACCAUUCCCCCUUUUUUUGGAAGGAAGGAAGACAGGCACAAAGCCCCCCCUACCAAGUAUGACACUAAACACCCAGCAGGAAACAAAGACCUCCCUGCAUCGGCGAGCUAGCACUCCGCUGCCCCUGUCCUCCCGGGGCCACAAGCCUGGCCUCCUGUGCACAGCACCCUCCACUCAAUCCCAGCAUCCCCGGCUAGGCCAAUCAGCCUCCCUCAACCCUCCCGCCCGGAAACCUUCACCUGCCCAUGAUUGGUCCUCUGAAUCCAGCGACUCUGAAGGCUCCUGGGAGGCCCUCUACCGUGUGGUGCUGCUUGGAGAUCCUGGCGUAGGGAAGACCAGCCUGGCCAGCCUCUUUGCAGGGAAGCAAGAGCGGGACCUUCAUGAACAGCUGGGAGAAGAUGUGUAUGAGAGGACCCUCACAGUGGAUGGCGAGGACACCACACUGGUGGUCAUGGACACCUGGGAGGCCGAGAAACUGGAUGAAAGCUGGAGCCAGGAGUCGUGCCUGCAGGUGGGCAGUGCCUACGUCAUCGUGUACUCCAUCGCCGACCGAGGCAGCUUCGAGAGCGCCUCUGAGCUCCGUAUUCAGCUGCGGCGCACACAUCAGGCGGACCACGUGCCCAUCAUCCUCGUGGGCAACAAGGCGGACUUGGCCCGCUGCCGAGAAGUCUCUGUAGAAGAGGGCCGCGCCUGCGCUGUGGUGUUCGAUUGCAAAUUCAUUGAAACCUCAGCCGCUCUGCAGCACAAUGUGGCUGAACUCUUCGAGGGUGUCGUGCGCCAACUGCGCUUGCGCCGCCGGGACAGCGCGGCCCAGGAGCCACCAGCACCACGACGGCCGGCCAGCCUCGGCCAGCGCGCUCGUCGCUUCCUGGAACGUCUGACGGCCCGCAGCUCCCGUCGCCGGGCACUCAAGGCUCGCUCCAAGUCCUGCCACAACCUGGCCGUGCUCUGA